UCCAAGACUGAUUUACCACGCUGGCCUGUUAUUUAAUCGGCCUCUCAUGGUGCUGGCAUCCAUCUUAACUGCUGACAAAGUACAAAAUGCAUACAGGUAUCCUGAAAUAAAACACCGCAGAAGUCCACCUAAUGAGACCACACGCCAAGAAUGAUGGGACUUCAGUUUCCCCAGUUGAGCCUCCCAGUAGCUCCCUGAAGUCUGUGUCGGCAGAGUCUUAGAGGUAAGUACUGUAAUAUAUUCAUAUUUAAUAUAAAAAGUAGUAUAAAAUCCAUUAUUAUUCACAAAGCACGAAAUAGGCUUUUGAAACAGGAAGUACAGAAAGAAAAUGUAAGGCUCAAUAACUAUAUAGUAUUUCAAAUCUGUAAAUUAAACAUUUCAAAGAAAACACAAGAAUUGUCUUUGUGUAGGAUUUGGAUGUGAAAGUUACACUUCGAUCUUUAGUGAGACCAUCAUUCAUCACUGUUCCAGUCUCCAUCCUUCCGUUACGACCAUACAGAUAAAAAAAUCUAUAUCUUACACGACAGAUCUGUUCUUUAGUUUAAUAAUAAGGGACAACCCUGUUCCCGUCUUGCCCGACCGAACAGACACCAACAUAAACUUGAGCACGACCAGUAGCUCAAGUUCAAAUCUGAUUUAAGACCCUUGUCACAUGCAAAGUCGGUUCUUUCGUGCCUCUCACUCCUGUGUGUUUACGCGUUACUUCCAUAAGGAACAAAACAUGAUAUACUAUCUCUGGUGUUUGAGACAAGCGCAAGUGUAUGCUUGUUAUCCAUUACAUCUGUCUUUCUUGUAUAAUAGUGUGUGAAGAGAACUGCUGGUCUCUCUCAGCCCAGUACACACUGUCCAGACAGCCUGUGCUAUGAAUACCUGGCUAGACUGCAUUGUUGGCCUAUUUAGAUACACACAUAAGGACAUUUCAAGAUGUGGAGGGACACAAGGAUCUGUGAUUAUUGUGUGUGUGUGUGUGUGUGUGUGUGUGUGUGUGUGUGUGUGUGUGUGUGUGUAUGUUUGCCUAACACUCUUGAUUGUCCUCAUUUGCAUUUAUGUCAGUCUGUCUGUUUUUGCAUGUGUGUCAGUCUGUCUGCUGCUGUGUGCAUGUCAGUCAGCGGUUGUGUCUGUGCGUGGGAUUGAGUUCACGGGCCAGACCGGCCGACCUAUAUUUCCAGCACCGCUACUACUGACAUGGACACUGAUGGACUGAGCAGCCUCUAAUCUCCACUCACACACACACACACACACACACACACACACACACUUCUGGUCUUACAGUGAGUCUAUGUCACUGGCUGAACACCAGCCACUGUGGACAACAUUCACUGUUACAGGAUGAUGGGAGAUGCAAACAAUAUACAGUACCACAUGUAAUGUCAGUUACACAGCAAUAUCUGUUCAAAUGUUAUGGCUGCAUGCUCAAGGACCUUUCGUGGUUGCGGUGAGUGACACUUUCUCAAAACACCUUUAAUUUCCUGUUUUAUACCGCCAUUGACUGCCUGCGGACUCCUCACUCACUACUCUUAACCGGCACCUGGCCCAGCCGCUAUGGCCCACAGUGGAGGGGAUACAAGUUUGCAGUGUGUUUGGACAGCUAACUACCAUUUACACACACUGCUGUACAUCGCCGCACCUCAGCUGCUGCUACGCGGACAGACAGCUGGAUGAGUUUAAUUUUGAUUAAGGCAAGGUUGUAUGACGUGUCUUACACAGCGACUUCGAGCCGAUUGCGUGCUUACAUCACCGCUUGUUUUUGAGUUUGAAUGAAGUAUGAUUCAGGACACUUUACAGAACAUUACAGUCUAGACGAGGGGGUUAGUCAUUUGGGUUCUAUUCAAUCACACAAUACAGCAGCGGAGGUUGCAGACACACCUGGAGGAAGAGAUCUGCACUAUAAGUGCACCAUUAGUUGCUUAUGAAUGAAACUUGCAAGAUGAAGAAUAUAUCAUUUAUCCUUUAAUAGUCACAUAGUCUUGCUUCAACUGUUGACUUAAAUAAUGCUGCAAGUGCCAUGCCACAUCUUUGCUCUGACCAGGAACCAGUUUUUAACUUGUUAUAUGCUUACAGUAUAACAUUACAUCGCAGCCUGUGACGGUUUUUCAAAUUCUAAUUCCUGGGAUUUUGUUUAUUAGUAGCAGUGGAACUAACAAACAUUACUUCAGCAACAUUCUCAAUGUGUUAAGUAAGAUGUCACUUUUUGUCAUUAUUAUGAAACGUUUAUGCAACGAUGACCAGAGCGUGUGCUGGUGAGAGACUGCUGCCUGUCACAGUGAUCCAACACAGUGUGAUUAUUUAAUAUCUGGCUUAAGGAUUCGUUGCUUUACGUUGUCUGUCGAUCAGGACAUUGAUCUGAGGGGCGGCGACAAGGGAUGACAUGCUCUUCUGUUAGUAUGUGUAAUGAAACGAUCCCUCUUCAGAUGUACAGUUUGUGUAAGAGCUGAUCACAUUCACAUCUCUCCAUUAUACUCAAACUGCUCCCUGUGUGCCAUAACAUUUAGAAUAGCUUUUCUCAAGAUAUGUAAAUGGUAAUUAUACUUGAUCCAUAAAAUAAUUUUAAAAAAAAGUUGUUUAUGUAAAGCGGUUUUGACUGUCACAUAACUGCUUGUUAUGUAAUGGGUGAAGCUGUCACAUAACAGGUAACAACAGGAACUUGAAGCAGGUCACAUGUUUGACAUUUUUCCUGUAUAAUUAAAUAAACAUUACGCAGAGAUGGAAUACCUCUGAAAGCCAACUCCCAUGGGUUGAUUAUUGUGCAACAGAUCAGUUUUAUAACUAAACCAACUACUUUUAUUUCUGACAAUCAAAAGGACUGAUACAUCAGUAUGUCCACUUAAUGACACCACACCACAUCCCAAGACACCAUGUUUGGGAAGAUCUCUGAGGAAACUCGCAAAAAAAAAAAAAAAAAUCAUAUUUAAACCCGAAUUAGUUGGAAUAACUUCCAGAGAUGUGGUACCAAUAGAGCUCAUUAUUUGGUGGCCCCAUGCUAAACUCCUACAUGCAGGUGAGACCGGCUCCGGCCCACGACGCUGACUGUGUUACCUGGCAGAUUGUUUUGUAACCCUUUUCCUAAACUCGUCCAAUGAGAACAGCUGGCCGGCAUCACAUGACACAACUUUUACGUAACGGUUUUUUUUUCCUCCUGCGCCCGCUCCAUUGAGAAUAAUAUGGGUGCUUCCUGGACUUGGUCAUGACAGCGUCAGUAGACUUCCCAGCAACACACGCAAACAUGAUGUACUGCAGCGCGUGUUUUGACGAGACACGCUCCACAUAGGUGAGAGGACAGACUUCUAACAACUUGCCGGGUAUGGGGACAGAGAGCGAGAGUAUGCUGCAGCUCGCAGCGGAGGCUUUCCACUCGAAAAACUUCGACCUGGCCGCGGACAUCUACGAGUGCCAACUAGCGGGUCUCGGAGACCCAGGGAGCCGGCGCCUGGAGCUGAUGGUCAAGCGGGCUGAUGCGCUCGCCUUCGGGGGCAAAUUCACAGAAGCGUUCGACAUGUACCGACAAGCCUCGGAGACCGAGAGACUGACCCCCGUUCACCUGACCAACCUCAUAGAGUACCUGUCGGGUAGUAUCGGGAGGCAAGACGGGGGUAACGGUCGAAACGGGACCCCGAGGAAAGGAGGAGCGGCGGUGGCCGCUGUGUGUCCGGGAGUUGGUGCCACGGGCUUCGGGUACGAAGACUUCUCCUGUCGGAUAUGUCUGAGCUUUCUGUUCGAGCCCGUGACUCUGCCGUGCGGACACUGCUUCUGUAAAAAGUGUCUGGAGAGGGAGAGGAAGGACAAGGAGCGGCCGGUGAUGUGUAAAGAGUGCCUGGACAGCUCCAGAGUGGCCGACGUCCAGAGUUACAGGGUCAAUGUGGUCCUCGGCAACCUGCUGGCCAAGUGGUUCCCGACCUUGCACCAGGCCGGCCGGCUGAGGCGGGAGGGCAACGGGCUGUACGCCGAGAAGAAGAUGGAAGCAGCGCUGGAGAGAUAUAACCGAGCCAUAUUGAUAGCACCCAUGGACCACAUACUGUUUAGUAACCGCUCCCAGAUCCACUCCAGCCUGAGACGCUAUGAAAGGGCCCUGAGAGACGCUGAGAUGGCCUGCAGACUCAUGCCUCACUGGUCCAAGGGUCAUGUUCGUAAGGCCCAGGCCCUGGUGUCACUGGGCAGGACCGAGGAGGCUCUGAGGGAGUACCUGGUCUGUCUGUCCAUAGAGCCGGACUGUAGACCGGCCAAGAACGAGGCUCACAGGCUCCUCUGUGAUCUCCUGGCUCCGGUCACCGAUCAGGUCCCUGAACACAUCUCGGACUACUCCAACGCGCACAUGUCUUUCAGAGCGCACGUCAAGAACAGCAUUGGCAUUAACACCCCGCACCAGAUCUUUAGUCCCAGCCUGUUGUCAUCAGCGUCCAGUCUUGCCCUCGACCCUCCUGUACCCGAGAGACCAGAGGGCGGUGAGGUCAAAGGUCAGGGGAAGCCGGACCACUGCUUCCUCCUCAAAAGGAAACGCAGGAUCGCAGAGGAGGAGGAGGAGGAGGAGGAGGAGGAGGAGGAGGAGGAGGAGGAGGAGUACGGAGGACAGGAGAGGAGAGACGAUCACAAGAGAGCCAAGUCCGAGCCAGCAGAGGGGACGGAUCAACCGAGCUCUGCGGCCGGUGACGUCUUGGACCCGACAGAUCUGGAUUGUUCCCUGUGUAUGAGACUUUUCUACGAGCCAGUGACGACGCCGUGCGGUCACACCUUCUGUCUGCGGUGUCUGGAGAGAUGUCUGGACCACAACCCCAAGUGUCCGCUCUGCAAAGAGGAGCUGUCUGAGUACCUGGUCCAGAGGCAGUACUCUAAGACGGUACUAACGGAGAACCUGAUAGCGAAGUAUCUUCCCUCGGAGCUCAUAGAGAGACAGAAGAUCCACCAGGACGAGAUGGCCGAUCUCUCGAAUCUUAACAAGAAUGUGCCUAUAUUCGUGUGCACCAUGGCCUUCCCCACUGUCCCGUGCCCUCUCCAUAUCUUCGAGCCGUGCUACAGACUGAUGAUUCGCCGAUGCAUGGAGACGGGAACCAACCGCUUUGGCAUGUGUCUGGCAGACAACUGCAAAGGGGUCGCAGACUACGGGUGCCUGCUGGAGAUCCGCGAUGUGAAGUUCUUCUCCGACGGCCGCUCGGUGGUGAACACCACCGGCAUACGGAGGUUUAAAGUCAUUCAGCACAGCGAGAGGGACGGAUACAACACAGCCGACAUUGAGUACCUGGAGGACGUUAAGGUGGAGGGUCUGGCUGAGCGUGAGCUGCAUACUCUGCACGACGCGGUGUACGACCAGGCCCUGGUGUGGGUCAACUCCUUGAAGGCCGAGCAGAAGGAACGCAUUGAAGGACACUUUGGACCCAUGCCUCAGAAAGACUCUGAACUUCAGGACAGUCCUAACGGCCCCUCGUGGUGUUGGUGGUUACUCGCCGUUCUUCCGCUGGAGGCCCGAGCCCAGCUUCCGUUCCUGGCCCUCACCUCUCUGAAACGUCGCCUCAACGGCAUCCGCAAGGUGCUGCUCUUCAUGGCCCACAGCAGGCACCGGUGA